GAUCCCAGCUUGUCAGAACCAUGGCCAGAGCGCUGAGAGAGAGGCAGUGAACGCCAGUCAGUCGUCUUGUUUAAAACGUUCAGUUCGGCCAUCGAGGAGGACGGAGACGCUCCAGCUGGGAAGAUCGUCAUCGUUUGCGGCCAAGCCAAUGUUAACUUUUGGAUAAGACACUUUUGCUAGACUCUGCUAGCGUGUCCGGGAGGGGGGGCUAGCUUUCCGUUGACCUGCCUGUGUUCCUGCGGUGGAAAUAGCCAAAAAUGUCGUCUCCAAGUCCGGGCAAAAGACGAAUGGACACCGAUGUGGUGAAACUCAUCGAGAGCAAACAUGAAGUCACCAUUCUCAGCGGACUCAACGAAUUUGUAGUGAAGUUUUUUGGACCACAGGGAACGCCGUACGAGGGCGGUGUGUGGAAGGUGCGAGUGGACCUCCCGGAUAAAUACCCUUUCAAAUCACCAUCAAUAGGAUUCAUGAACAAGAUUUUCCAUCCCAACAUUGACGAAGCGUCAGGAACGGUGUGUUUAGAUGUCAUCAACCAGACGUGGACAGCUCUUUAUGACCUGACCAACAUCUUUGAGUCGUUCCUGCCUCAGCUGCUGGCCUACCCCAACCCCAUCGACCCUCUGAACGGAGACGCCGCCGCCAUGUACCUGCACAGGCCAGAGGAGUACAAGCAGAAAAUCAAAGAGUACAUCCAGAAAUAUGCAACAGAGGAGGCGCUCAAGGAGCAGGAGGAAGGCGCCGGCGACUCCUCGUCCGAAAGCUCCAUGUCCGACUUCUCCGAGGACGAGGCCCAGGACAUGGAGUUGUAGUGGACCCCCCCAUGUCCCUCCCCUUGAUAAACCCCGCCUCCUCCUCCUUUACAGAGACUAUAUUUGAUUUCCUAACCAUGGCAAAGCAGACUUAUAAUGUUCAUAUUUAAACACCUUUGAUUUUUAUUAUUAUUAUUAUUAUUAUUAUUAUUACUAAACAAGGAUUUUUAUGAAUUAUCUAGCGUGUAGCUCCCCCUUCCGUCAUCCCUGCGUAUUCCCAGAAAGGUCUUUUUGCUCCCUUGUGUGCGUCCAUGGCUUCGGGGACGAGGCAAAGACAGUAUUUGAGACGCACAAUCACACACAGGGUAUCACGCAGGAUAAUAUGAGCCCUUUUUUCUCUCCAUGUUUUUGAAUUGAACAAACAGUGAAGCACCUGAAUGAACAACACAGCUUCCUUGGCUUUGGAUUCAGUGUUUUUUCUCUCUACGAUACAAAAAUGGCAGUCCAAGUAUACUAAGAGAACCUGAGGAUGCAGUAGUUGCUUUGUGGAUCUCCUCCUCCUCUUCAACGAAAAAGCAGACGGAGGACAAGAGCACAUUUCUUAACUCCACUUCCUGUCACGUGACCCCCGGACAAUCCUUAAAGACUUUGGGAAGCGAGCUAGCGCACAUCCAACAAAUAGAUACUAGCGCUCACGGCUACGUAGUUAGUUAGCGUCUGUGGUGUGAUGAUAUGUAAAAGAUGCUACGUUUGUACAGGUGUUCCCUAGCCUAGUUUCACUUCCUUCAGAGGCCCCUUGGUUUUCUCCUUCGUCUCCAGUGUUAGCUUAUGUUUGCAAGCCCCACUCAGGACACACAAGCUUCCCAGAAGCUGCCAACAAAAGUUCGUCCCCUCCCAGACUACCCAUCCAGUCACCACUGUGGUAAACUUCAUGAAUUAGACGAGAGUUUUUUUUGUUUCAAAAACAAAGUAAUCCAGAUUGGAAUUGUUGCUUUGUGCAGUAUUGUGCUGGACUCUUGUGAUCCCACGUGAAAAGUUCUUCUAAAGGAUAAAAAAAAGACUGGAAUAUGCUAAUUUGUGUCCUCUCAGAGGAAAAAGCAAACAAACCGCUCUCUUUUUGUUAACACCAACAGGUUUUGCUUUGAAAUGAGGCUUUGUGCACCUGCUGGGAAAUAAAGUGAUGGUAUACUCGGCCUCGGCCUGCAGUUUGCUGUGGAAAAUGAACGUAAACGCUGCCUUUUACUCUUUGAAAACACAUUAGAAUAGCUUCAUUGGAGCUACAGAGCAGCUUAAAUGCUUUCAUUUACCAACUAGAAGUGAAGGAUUGUGCAUUCGGAGACCCAUCCGUCACCCCCCCGCGUCCCUUCCUCCCUGUUGUCCGGGUGUGGAUCAGUUAUAGCACACAGCAGCAUGGUGGGGGUUUUUUUAUUUUUAGACAUUUUUCAACCAAAAAAAACAUGCACCCUUGGUUUUAUGGAUUUUCACACCACGCCCCCUCUUUUGUAUAUUUUAUUUUUUAUUUUCAUUGCAUUGUAAAGUGGGCAUGCUUUGUCAAAACAAAAAAAGACAAAUGCUCUCCAUGAAAUAGGCUUAUAACCUCAUACAUAGUGGUGUAAAAAAUACUGUUAUAACUUCUUUUUUUAAUAAAACAUUCAAUGUGUAUAAACGGGCUUUUUGUA